AUCAUGUUCUUAACAAAUGGGGUCGUCAAGAUUCAAACACAUGAUCUCCCAUCAAUCAUUCUCAAUUAACUAUUAUACUCAUUUACUCUUUUUCGUCCUUAGGAGCCACGUUACAGUACUCUACCUACAACUGAUUGAAAUAAAAUAAUUUUACAAAGUAGCUAUGAUUUGGUGGAACUCUGUUGUAGAUAUUGAAUAAGUACAUCUUUAAUUUUAGGCGAUCAUAUACACCAUUAACAUAUGUACAUAGCUCGGUAUAAAAAUAUUGAACAUGUCAAUACACAACUUAUAAAUCAAACAUCAUAAUCCGCUGUGACUAAAAUUGAUUAUUGUCAUUCCUUCCCUUCCUCGAUCGCUUCCCAUAUGCUCAAACCAAACUCAUUAUUAUUCCCCCAAACUAACAAUCAAGUCCCCGUCUUAUCUGAGGGGCUGGAGUUCCCCAAAUCGACGGUGGGCGGUCCGGCGAGUCAGCGGCUGUUUUAACGGACAAGGAAGAGGCGCACAGCCUCAUGUUGUUGGCGACGGUGAGGAAUCUCCUAGGGGCCUUUAUUUUCUUAUAGAGAUUAGUAAUAAAGUAAAACACAUACGUCAAUGUAUUAUCGAGGUGGAAAUUUUAUUAUUCUAUUUUUUUUAAAUUCUCACUUCACACAUUUAACAGUCAAAUACAGGCAAAGUUAACGGAAAGUGACUAAACUUGAACUGUUGAACUAAUUUAAGUGACUACGGAUGGAAUAAAGUAAUUUUAGUGACUAACGUGAACUUGAUCCCUAGUAAUUCAAAUGACCAAACUUGUAAUUUAAUCUAUAUUUAUGUAACUUUCUAAAAUAUAAUUUAUUAAAAAAAAUAAACUAAUAAAUAUUAUUUUUCAUACCCAAUUUAUCUUUAGUAACCAUAAUGAUUACUAAAUAUUAUUUUUCAUACUCAAUUUGCCCUUGGUAAUCAGUAAUCACCAUAACCCAACCUCUCACCUCUCAGUCUACAGCCAACAGCCGAAUAGCACUACUUGACCUCAAUUAUUGGUCUAACGGAGGAUUGUUUCUAUAAUUGUCCUUGUCUUGCGAGGUAGGCAAAAGCUAUAAUAACUGAUAUAACCCACUUUCUAUUAUUGUUGAUCUCGAUCUCUUGUCUUGCCACGAGAUUUGGUCAGUAAUAAUUGUGGUGUCACGCUUAAUUAAAAAUGGCGGGUGAAGAUUUUGGCCGGGGCCGAAGAGAUCUCCAAUGACGUCUCACCGGAUACGCUACGUAUAAUGAAGCCAAAGGUGCAAUGCUAAUGACAUUCAUGCAAGUUGAGUAAACUAUAAGCAAAUUGGUUCUCCAUGCAGUCUCAAUUCGAAGAGAAUUACGUUUCUUGAAGCAAAGCUAACCGAUUACUAUUUCUGUAGCUGCGAUUCAUCGUUUGAAAAUGGGAAGUUUAGAGUUUUUAGCUAGGUUGCGAGUAGAAGUGGAGUGAAAAAAUGUGGAUUCUGUUCGUUUUAAACACAAUUACUUGGGCAAAAGCCGUAACCUGGGCCCAUCAUUUGCUGGAAACAUGAAGUGAGAGUGAUGCUGGUGGAUGCAAGUGGGCACUGGUUGAGCAAAGGGGUUGGGGGUUAAUGGUCCGAUCACUUUAGCCUGUAUAUAUGAAAAAAGUCAUUAUAUUGUUCAUAUAUUUAUAAAUUACAUCAAAUCUCAUCUAACAUUUGAGUAACAACCUAUAAUAUUACACCAAAAUAACAUAUCGUACCUAAAUCCAAAAUAUAGUGAGAAUUCACACACACUUACAUAACAUUAACAUUCAAAUGUUCAACUUAGAAUUCCAAAGAUUGGAUUAGGUGGGAGAAAAAAACAGGAAAAUAGGCACAUUUCGCAAACCAAAGAAACAAAAAGACACAAUUUGACCUUCAACCCGAUACCUUGCAGCGAUUGACCCGAUACCUUCUCAUCGGGUCAGAGUCAAAAUAGAUCAACCGACGGAUCGAUCCGCUUAUAGCAACUCGUUCGAUAGGUAGGCUUGGGUGUUUUCUUUGUUACGUAUUAUGGUUGUGUGGGUAUUGGGUUUAGGUUAUUGUUGGGUUAAUUAGUGUUUAGAGUAGUCAUUGGGAGCUAAGUCUCCGUUUAUGUGUUGGGAUAGGAGAGUGGCCGAGUUUGGGUAUUGUUAGGGUUACGUAUUAGAUUUGGUUAUCUAUAUAUUGUAACUACGGCAUUAUUUCGAUUAAUCAAUCAAUAAUAAACCUAAAAAGUCUUUCGACACUCUACGUCGUUCUCUCGCUUGUGAGUUACGAGCAAAACCCUAACCCGAUAGCAACGAGUUGCUAUCAUCGAUCCGCGCAUUGACAACCUUAGACGCAACAGUACCACUCCACGGCUGGAGCCGGCCGCGCGGUGGUAUUGUUGCUUCAUAUAUAUAACACUCUACUUACGAAGUGACAUCGUGGUAUUGUUUCAUGUAGCAUUGAACUAGUGAAGCCUAUGCACGAUCAUGCUUCUUCAUGUCGCACUGUACGGUCGAAGCAACACGUACGGUCAUGCCUCUCCAUAUAGCAUUCCACGGCCGAGCGGGCAUGUUCAUGCUGCUUCAUGUAGCAUUAAUUCCACCGCUCGUGCAACAUGAUCCUCUUUGUAGCACCAACUGCACGCAAUUUAAUUACACAGAAGAGAGCUGGUAAGCAUUACAUAUUCAAUUCACUAGGAAUAAUUCCAUAAAUACACAUAAAAGUAAAAACAAAUUCCUAAACUACCACACUUAUAAAAAAAAUUACCAAAAUACCUAAGUUUGAAGUGGUUCGAGUUUGAGAAACUCGAACUACUAACCGUUUCAAGUGUAGGAGACUCGAUCUAGUCGUAGAUUGAUUAUAGAAGUCUCGAACCAUGUGGGGCUGAAGUGGUUUGAGUUCAGUGAACUCGAACCACUCCUUUGAAAUUUCCAACAACCUUAACUUUGUGCUCGGUUAUCCGAUCGCAACAAACUUUUUUUUCAUUUCGCAUAACUUUUCGAGGACUACAACUUUUAUAAUAGAAAUAUUUUCAGAAUAUAUGUGAAAUUGUGAAAAUUAAAGAUAAAUUUACUCCAAAACCCCUUAUAUUUAAAAAUAUUCCUAUUUUGAGAAUUUAUUCCUAGUAAAUGUUGUAGUACUCAAAAAAUUAUGCAAAAUAAAAAAAAAACUUUGCGACGUUCGGAUUGCGGAGCACAAAGUUAUGAUCCUCCAAAGUUUGACAAAUUCAGAAAUUUGCUUGUUUAUGGGUAGCAAAUGACGUUUUCUCGGAAGAUAGCCAUCCAAAAAUUUCUCGUGUGGAAAAAUAUUGCUCUUUUGGCAGGAAUUCCCUAUAUAUAAAAAAAAAAUUUCCAUACCUUUGCCCCGAGAAAACGUCAUUUGUUACCCCUAAACGAAUAUUAAAAAGAGAAUAUUUAGGGAAUUAUCCCAAUUCACUAAGAGAAUAUUAAAAAUUGACUCCUUACUAUUGUGCAUAGGACAACGCGCGGUAGCAUUACCUUGAAUGAAUAUUAAGAUUCAAGUUGGCUAAGUAAUAGCUUAGUUUGGUACAAGUUCUGCAGGGAGCACUUCUACUAUGCUAUAUAGCAUUAGUGCUUUAAUGUACAACUCAAAGUUGUACCAUAACAUUAAAUGUAUAAGUUUAGGUUGUACCAUAAAGCAAUUUGUACCAUUAUGUUAUGGUACAACUUUACAACUAGAAGUUGUACCUUCACAUAAAGGUACAAGUUCAAGUUGUACCAUAAAAGAAUUUGUACAAAAAGUAUAGGUACAAUCUGAAGUUGUACCAUAACGUAAAUGUACAAUUUUAAAUUGUACCAUAAAGGCAAAAACCUAUAGCACCAAUACUAUAUAGCAUUGUAAAAUUUCUCGUUCUGCAGGAUGUUAAGAUUCAAGUUGGCUAGCUUGAAAAGGGCUUGAUCGCGCGGCCCUUGAGCUUUUCAUUGAUGAAAAGAAAGUUGCUCGCAGCUUCUCCGCGAUUUUGUGGAGAGGCGUUUUGGAGCCAGAGUGGCAUGAUUUAAACUCACUCGCUUCAUAUUGAUCGACCAAGAAAUGGCCUAAUCAUCCGCUGGCCAAACAAACGGAAAGCUCUCUGUCUUAGUUUUUCUCCAUCUAAACAAACGACCACGACAACCCAGAGCUCGUCGUUAUCUUUCGCGCUCUUCCCUCCAGCUAAUUGUGAAAGAAAUACAACGUUCUGACAAACUUCUCUACCGCCGAUGCAAUCUCUAAUACAACCUAGCUACCCAAUUCACCUCCACUAAAUUUCAUCACCGCCUCUGUCCUCUUCAAAAUCUCAUCUUCGUAUGAUUGAACUCCGAUUCGAAGUUCUCGAUCUGAAUUCCGAUCGGUUUAUUUGUUCGCUCUAUCUUGGAUUUUUUCCCCAUCUAACCUCCAGGAACAAACGACCAGACCAAUUGGUGGUCCAAGUGGUAAAAAUAUAAGGUAUUUAAAAUAGAAUUGCUCCCUUAGUCCCUUGGCUUUAUUAUCGUCGUCCGGGCACUCGUCAUAGCUAGUAGAUCUCUUCAAAAUAUCCAUGCCUCAUUCUCCUAGUUAUUUAACCAUAUUAUCAGCACAAUUAUUGACCCAAUCACUUUAAAAUUAAUGAAAGUUAUAAGCAACAAUAAUAGAGAGAUACUCCUACGUCACAAUUAAUGACCCAAUUGCUUUAUAAUGUAUAGAGCUUACAAAAGGAGAAUGGAGGUCUUGAUGCAGUUUUAGCAGCUAAGGCUAGAUAAUUAGUCCUGUAACCAAAUCAGUAAGAUCCUGUACCCUUCAUUUGCCUUUGCUGCUUGCUCUAAAAAUUUCAAUUCUUUGGAUUAUUGGAAUUUUUUUUAAAAAGUUUCAUUGUUUGGUAACCGCGCAACGUUGAAAAAUUCUAUUUUUUUAUAGCAAAUGACAUGUUUAGCCUUAAAAAGAAUGAGAGCGACUCAAUUUCCAAACUACUCUAAUUAGAUAUUUUCGAUUCUUCUGUGUGGCUGGCUGUAUCUCUCUGUCAAGCAUAUAACUACGAUUGCAAUAGGUUUUAUUUAAAACUAAAAAAUUAUCAUGUAUCUUCGUCAUCAGUGGAUUAAUUUACAGGCAUCCUCCUUCAAGCAUUUUGGAACUAGCUAGUGGAUUUGUCCGCCGUUGCAGUUGACAUUUGUUAUUCCUUUCUAAUUGCAGUGGUUAAUAAUAGGGUAAAGUUCAUAUUUGGUCACUAGGUUUACUAAAAAGUGUUAUGUUUAGUCACUAUAAAUAUUUUAUUUUAAUGUUGGUCACCUGACUUAGUCAAAAAGUCCAUGCAUGGUCACUCGAAUUAGUUAAACAGUCCUUGUUUGAUCACUCGAAUUAGUCAAAUAAUCCAUGUUUGGUCACUAAAAUUAGACAAACAGUUCGUCGGAGAGUAGGGGUGUUCAAAUAGUGUGGUUACCAUGGUAACCGUUUUAACCAGUACUAUUUGGAUAAUUUGGUUUGGUUAAUUUGGAUAAUUGGUUUGGUUUGGUUUGGUUGAAGUUCUUAGCUUGUUUGGUUUAGGUGGUUUGGUUUGGUUUCAGACACUUCUAACCAGCCAAACCAAAUUAACCAGAUAAAUAAUUAGCCAUAUAUCUAAUAUAUACACAUACUUAAUACUUUGAACAACCACUCAAGACUCAAGAGUUAAACAUAUUCAUCCCUUUUAGACUCAUAAAAUAUAAAGCUUGAUAUUGUUCCUAUAAUGUAUAUUUGUAUAUGUAGAGUGUAGACCACAACAUACGACACCUAAUUUAGAUAAAUCUCAUACAUUAUGUUGGAUGAAAACUUGAAAACAAGGUCCUUUUCAGCCUAUGAAAAUUGCUAAAAGACUAAGUCAAUUCAAACAAACACAACAAUUCAUUAACCCAUACCAUUGUGAUAAAAUUUUGUUAGGUGAAUACUUCUAUACUAAUCGUAAGAUAAUUAUCUUAGUUGCAUGUAUUUAUGUUAAGGAUCAACUAUAACUAUGUGUUGAUUAAUAUGUUUUAUUCAUUAUAUAAAUUGUGAAUUGAUAAAUUAAUCGAAAAUUUUCUCACUUAAUGACAAUGUGAUUUUAUAUUGGUUAAUCUGGUUAACCAAUUAACCAAACCGAUUAAACUUUAGUUUGGUUAAUUUGGUUGUUGUAUUAGUUUGGACGGUUUGGUUAUGAUGUUGUAUUCCAUGGUUAAUGAAAUUCAGCCUUAUUUAGUUUGGUAAUAACCAUAACAACCAUUUGAACACCUCUAUCGGAGAGUGACCAACAUUAAAAUUAAAUAUUUAUUGGAAUUAAAUAUUUAUAGUGACUAAACAUGAUACUUUUUAGUAAACUUUAGUAAACUCAGUGGCCAAACCACGAAUUUACCCGUUAAUUAUAUGUCGUACCCACAGCUAGUUUCACUCUUUCACCAUGGAAUUCCUCCGCGCCAAAAACAUGAUCUCUAUCUCCUCCGUCGAACCAUUCAACAAUCUCCCCUGCCUCCUCACACUCGCAACCAUUCUCACAGUCGCCUUACUCUUCAUCCGAAACAAUUCGAAACCCGCCGGUCGUCCAAACCUGCCGCCGGGGCCAUGGCGGCUCCCCAUCAUCGGAAACAUCCACCAGCUCGUCGGCCACCAGCAGCCCCACCGCCGGCUCAGGGAGCUAGCCCACAAAUACGGCCCCGACGUGAUGCGCCUCCAGCUCGGGGAGCUCUCCUACAUCGUGAUCUCAACCCCUGAAGCAGCGCAACAAGUGAUGAAAACCCAUGACUUGGCUUUCGCUUCGAGGCCUCCUCUGCUGGCACCGAACAUACUCUUCGACGGCUGCAAGGACAUCGCUUUCGCGCCCUACGGCGAGUACUGGCGACAGAUGCGCAAGAUCGGAGUCCUCGAGCUCUUCAGCGUCAAGCGGGUUCAGUCUUUCCGCCGCAUAAGGGAAGAGGAGGUGUCGAAUCUCGUUAGUGCUCUGUCUCUGUCGGCAGAGGCAGGGGAGGCUGUGGAUCUCACCUCGAUGCUCUCGGCGGUGACGAGCGCGGUCACGUCGAGGGCGGCGUUCGGCAAGGCCCCGGAGCUCAACGAUGCUUUCAUGAUGGUUGUCGAUAACAUAUCGGAUGUGAUUGCGGGUUUCAAGAUCUCCGAUCUAUAUCCUUCGUUCGAAUCGCUCCCUGCUCUGACCGGGUACAGAGCAAGGCUCGAUAGGAUGCGAGACGCGUCGCAUUCGAUACUGGACCGGAUCAUCGAGGAGCAUAAAUCGAGGAGAAGAAGGGCGGGAUUAAUCGAUGAUGGUGAAAAGGAGGAUCUGAUUGAUGUCCUUCUGAAUUUUCAAGAAAACCAGGAUCUUGGGAUACCCAUUACCAACGGAGUCAUCAAAGGAGUCACUUUAGAACUGUUUCUAGCUGGCAUUGAGACAUCAGCGACGGCGUUGGAGUGGAUCAUGUCCGAAAUGGUAUUGAAUCCUCUGGUACAGAAAAGAGCCCAAGAAGAGGUCAGGCAGGUAUUCGGUGACUGCGGGAAUAAUGUCGACGAAGCGGGGCUUCAUCGAUUGAAGUACUUGGAUAUGGUUAUCUCGGAAGGUUUAAGAUUGCACGCUCCGGUCCCUCUACUUCUUCCAAGAGAGAAUAGAGAGAAGGUGGAACUCGGUGCAUAUGAUAUCCCAAUCAACACCAAAGUCAUUGUGAAUGCAUGGGCAAUCAAUCGAGAUUCUCGUUAUUGGACCGAACCGGAGAAAUUCUACCCCGAGAGAUUCGUGAACGAUUCCGUUGACUAUAAGGGGACUGACUUUCAGUUCAUACCAUUUGGUGCUGGAAGGAGGAUGUGUCCCGGAAUGUCCUUUUCACUUGCGAUUGUCAAGCUCACUCUAGCGAGUUUAUUGUUUCACUUCGACUGGAGGAUUCCAACGGAAAUGGCACAAGAAGGUCUAGAUAUGACUGAAAGCUUUGGGUCGUCGUUGAAAAGGAAAAAUGCUCUUCGUUUGAUUCCAGUGCUAUGUGAUGGCAUCGCCUGAAGAAGGGGGGAAAGUAACAAACGCAAAAAUCUUCAUUGCGAGAGCCUUUUACGUUCUUCGUUUUACUUCCUAUCAGUAUUUUAUUCCUUAAGACUGUAAUAUGAAAGAUUUUAAAGUGAGACCUUUCUCUUAAUUAUACCAAGAGUAAACUUUGGGUUGCUACACAUUGUCGUAUUCUUCUACGAAACCUGAGUUCUUGAAUUUUUUUCAGCGGGUGCAUCCGCCAAAAGUUCACUAAAAUAUUCACUCAGUUUUGGAAGAGAAACCCCAAUAAACUCAAUGGGUAGUUGUGGGUGCUUCAUUUUUUGUUAGGUGGCCGAAGGAAGUCUGUUGGAGGAAUAUGAUCAAAGGAAUUCUAUCAAUAGAAAGAAAAGAAUCCGCAGGAAAACGAAAAAUGAGAUAGAGGAAAGAAAAACUCCAGAACUUAGAAUGACUGGCGUGUUUUGGACUGUAGAACGGGAAGAGGGGGAGUCGUGCCCAUUCUCUCUCCGAGCACGAGCAGGAACAUCCAAAUUGAAGACCGAAUACAUGUACAUGACGAAACGACAUAUUCAAAAAUACGUGAUCUGAUUUGAUAGGCUGCCUGCAGAAAUAGUUUACCGACCGCAUAACAAUUCAUUCUUGUGUAUAGCGCGGGGGACAUGUCACCCGGACGAUCAUAGUACGGCCGUUCAUCUAAUAUCAAAUCAAUCGGUAGAUAAAUGUAAUAAAUGUAGGAUUUAAAG